AGAAUCGCACAAAAACACACUGCACUCAUCAAGAACGUCAACAUGGGUUCAAAAACGACAGUACGGUAUCUGCAUAAAUAUACACCAGCUAAAGGUAUAAAGGAAGAUUUUGAGGAUCUCCUGCAACGUUUUAUAGCAACAGAAACUGUUAGAUAUGAAAAUUUUGUUGAAAUAUGGCGAGACAUGAAAAUGCCACUAAUGUUUGCAGGAAGACAAACCGAAAGAGAAGUUCGAGAGUUUAUAGAGGAGUGCUUCAGAAUAGCCUCACAAUAUGUUUUGGCACCGUACAAUUUCCAGGUACGCGUGGGAGCCUUAUACCUGCUGUAUGGUCUAUUCAACAUACAACCUCUGUUUCAUAGGGUCAAGAUCAGAACAACAAACACGAUGUGGCUUGACCUGUUAGAAUUCCAAAGCGAGGCACAACGUCAACAACAUCUCGAUGUCGACUUUGUUUUUCACAAACUCCGCUUUCAAAAUGCGUUCUUAUUUACUGCCAAACAAAUUGAGGUGCUACAUACAGUGGACAAGAACAAGGAUGAAGUGUCGUUAUCUGAAGAAUUCAAAGAGGAGCAGAGCGUUCUGUUUGAUCUUUUCUCUACUGAAAUGUUGGAGCAAAUGGCAACAGUACAUCAGCACUAUGAAGCUAUCAAGGUUGCACUGGAGGGACCUCAGGCUACGCACCCUUCACGAUCUCUGUCAGUCAUCAAACAAGAUCUGGUGCCAGGCAUCACAAAAGCUAUCAUCUACUAUCAGGAUAGACGUAAAGCCGGGGCAUUUAAGAAGAAGGCUGCAGCAAAUGUGGGCGAUGACCUUAGCUCGGACUCUAUGGACAAUGAGGACGAAGAGGAUGUAGAUAUGAAACCCUCUAAAAAACUUCUACUGAAAGAAAAGGCAUUUGCUAAAGCCACUGUACCGAGUGGACAUUUUCGACGAGGAAAGUUUUCCGCUUCAUCCGGUAGUGAGCGUGACGAACCUAAACAUCCUGAAACAGUACCCGAUGUUCCAGUACCCGAUGUUCCCGUCACUGUGAAGGAAAUGUCAGAUGAGGACCCUGAUGACAAAGAUUCUGAGCAGGUGACAGCCCUCAAAAAGUCCUUGCUGAACAUGCCCUUUAUCCCUACAGGGAACGAUAAUGCCCCUAGGAGGGGGCGCAGGAAAAAAGGCAAAGGCAUGACAAGAAAGAAAAGCAAAUCUGCAAGGCUUGUCGUUAACCCACUUCCUGCCUACAGUGGAAAGGUCAAUGAUGGUGGUUCACCUGUUAAAAGGGGGAGGAGUAGACCCAAGAGGACAUAGGCGGUUUUAUUAUAAACUUGUUAUUGUUAUUAAAUAAACCUGUUGUAAUGUUA